GGGAAGGAGGGAUUGGUGUUACAUUGUUUUAGUCAGCACUGGCCAGUCUUCCCACACAUUCUCCUAAUAGCGAUCAGUGUUUUCAUAUUCCCGGCAGCUUCUUCCUCCAUCAAGCGGCACCAGAGAGACACAGCUACUUAAGCAAGCAUCCUUGACUAGCACCGUUACAGAGGCUGAGUCACUGAAGACAAGUGUCAACAAAAGUCAGUAAAGUAGUGCACCGCCCAUCGCCUUCCUGCUGGCCUACCCUAUCUGCUGGCAGCCGCGAUGAUGAUUGAGCAAAACCUGGAGAAGAAGUUGAACGUCACCAAACAACUAGAGAAGGAAGUCAAUCAAUUAGCAUCUGUGCGAGAUAUACUGGGACGCUCCAGUCAGGUGGCCACCAAUGUGGGAAACAUCUUGGACUCUUUUGAGCACCGUCUGGCUCGGCUUGAAACAACCAUCUUGCCUCUCUACCAACAGACUGGCAACCUCCAGCGUCGACAACUCAACACAGAGAAGACAUUGCAAGAAUUAGACCAUGUGAUUGGUUACUACAAUGUGGCGGGCCAAGUGGAGAGUCUGGUGAAGGAGAGACCCAGCAGUAUUGGGGUGCCUCAGUAUCUCCAGGCCAUGGACCGCCUAGCUGAAACCUGCAAAUACUUUGAACAGAAUAAACCCGAGAGUGUAGAAAUUGAAAAUGUGACCUCACUAUUUGAAAUUGGGACUGAUGCUCUGGGCAAAGAGUUCCGGGAUGAACUCAAGAAGUACCAGAAACCAGUGCCACCAGUGACCACCCUGGAGCUGCUGGAGGAGGAAGAAAUAAAUGAAGAAACUUUGAGUGGUGUUGAACUUGUUCCUCCUGGAGUGCGAGAAGACUUGAGGGCCAUUGCAGCCUGGCUGGACAAACACAAUAACACAGACAGGCUUACCGUCUAUGCAAAACUACGUUCAGAUGCUCUUAAACAGAGUCUAAGGGCCCUGCGAGACUACCAGCGCAGCAGCAGCAUGGAGCGAGGGCAGGGGACGGGGUCACUGAAUUCGCCUGGACCUCUUCGUGGGAGACUGACUAAAGUAGACAGUACCAGCAAGAGUCGAACACUAAAGAUUUCAAACAAGGCAAACAGAAUACUGCAAAAAGCCAUCACAGGCCACGUGUCUUCCCGCAGACAAGGUUCUCCUGGACAUCCUUCAUACCCCCUGCAUGGCACCCUCACCUCCCCGCAUGAAUUGUUUCCUGAAGUCUGGGUCCCAACAGAAGGCUUGGAGGACACAGAGGUUGAACUUUACCUCAACCAGGUCUCUGCACUGCACUGUCUAGCAUUUGCUGAGUACCUUCUUGCUCAGCAGCUUGUUCCCGAAGACAGAGUUACUCGCACAUUUGAAAUGAUCCUCAAGGACCCAAUGGACCAGCUGGUCACAGAGGGAGAGGGUUUAGCAACUCAAGCUCGAAGGAGUGUGAGCCGAGGAGACUACCAGGCAAUGCUGUCAGUGCUGGCCAUGCUUCGCCACGUCACCAACAUCCAGCCUGAGUAUGACCGUCUGCUGACCAACUGCCAGACAUCUAUUCGGGCCAAGUUUGCUGCAAUUAUCCACAUGCUGCAAGAAACUUGUGUCAAGGCACUGGAGGGCUUUGUGGACAGUGUGAAGAGCGACGGUGAGCGAGGGCUGCCCAAGGACGGAACAGUGCACCAGAUCACCAGCAAUGCUCUUAUAUUCACCGAGCAGCUGCUGGACUAUACACCAACACUUGCACCAAUCCUCCAGAGGGACAUGCUUCUCACAAAUGCACUUUCCAAUCUACCCAGGAAUGCAGAUGCCUCUCUCCAGGCUAAGGCUUUACUUGGGGCUUAUGUCAAGAGAGUGUUGGCAAACCUUUGUCUGGCCUUUGUUAGCAGAAGUGAAACCUACAGUGAUGCUACCUUGAGGGCAAUAUUCCGUCUCAAUAACUACAACUACAUUCUGAAGACGCUGCUUAAUUCUGAACUGCUCAAUUUAGUGGCUCUUGUUGAACCUCAGUGUGACAAAAUGUACAAUGAUCAGAUUAUGGAGCAGAAAAGAUUAUAUUCACAAAGCUGGAGUCGUGUUCUCCAUUACUUGAACCCUGAAGACAUGCCGCCUUCCGUCAUUCAGGCUGGAAAGCUGCGGGACAAAGACAGACAGCUUAUUAAGGAAGCAUUUGCUGGCUUCAACAAGGAGAUGGAGGAAAUGUCUCGAGUGCAGCGGAGUUAUUCCAUCCCUGACCGUGAGCUGCGGGAGAGCCUCAAGAGGGACAACAUGGAGUACAUUCUGCCUAAGUACCAGGCCUUCUAUGAUAGGUACGUCAAUGUUGCCUUCACAAAGAACACAGAGAAGUACAUCAAGUAUUCCCCUGCAGAUGUCUCCAAUAUGGUGGACAAGUUCUUCGAUGUGGCAGCGUAAUUGAAAUAUCUGAUAGACAUAACCUCAAUAUUUUCAGAAGCAGACAUGCUCAUUUUCAUUUUGAAUAUACUCAUUCUUGAAUAUGGAUGUGGUAUUACCAAAUAUGUAUGCAAUAUAGACAUUCCCUAGAAUUUCGGUGUCAAGAAAUAGUGUAUUAUUGUUUUCUCACUGCUUACAUAUGUAGGCAACCUUCAUUUUCCUACUUGAUGCUGAUAUAAUUGCAUACUUUACAAAUGCUUCCACACAUCACAGAGAAGGAAGGAGUGCUGUGAUGAAAUUAAUGCCUUCUUUGUUCAUCUGAUAUCUCUUUUGAGUUUUACUGAAAUGCUCAAAAUUCAGUUACAUGUAAAUAAAGUACUAGACGCAGUAUCAAUAGAUGAAAGAUACACUCCUGUGUCUCCUAGUAUUCAAAUAGCAUGGCAAUGGAACCUGUGGGUGAAGAACCUGUCGUGUUUUAUUGAGGACAGUGAUUAUAGCUAGAAAUUCCAGAGUGGAUGUUAGAGCUUGUGAGGAUACCCAAGUGCUGUGCCUUAUAGCAGGUUGACUUAAUUAUCAAAUUAUUAAAAGUAUGUAAAUAAA